AUCCGGUGUCACGUGACCCAUACUCAGCCAUCUUGUGGAAAACGGAGAGAGAGAGAGAGAGAGAGAGAGAGCGAGCGAGCGAGCGAGCCCGACCGACCGGAGAGAGCCACACAACUCGCAUACAAACCUUGUGCUGUCAGAACAAGCAGAGAACUUCAAGGAAGAAUGGCCGAAACCCAGACACUUAACUUUGGACCAGAAUGGCUCCGUGCCCUGUCUGGAGGUGGUGGCAGUAGUGGUGGUGGUGGAAGCAGCUGUGCGGUUGCCUCUCCACCCCUCUCACCUGCAUUGCCAAAGUAUAAACUUGCAGACUAUCGCUACGGGAGAGAAGAAAUGUUAGCACUUUAUGUAAAGGAUAACAAGAUCCCUAUAGACCUACACGAUAAGGAGUUCCUGCCCAUAUUGCAAGAGGAGCCAUUGCCGCCUCUGGCACUCGUGUCUUUUACAGAAGAGGAACAGAGAAAUUUUUCCAUGUCUGUAAACAGUGCAGCUGUACUUCGGCUGACAGGACGAGGAGGUGGUCCGAUAUUACCGGCACCAAGAGGCCGAAGUACCUCAAGGGGUAGAGGCCGAGGAAGGGGAGAUGGAGGGUUUUACCAAAGAAGUUUUGAUGAUGUGGAAGGUUUUGGUCGUGGAGGGAGAGAGAUGCAUCGCUCCCAAAGCUGGGAAGAAAGGGGAGAUAGAAGGUUUGAAAAGCCAGGUCGAAAAGACCCAGAUGUUGCUGCAGGACAUUUUCCGAUGAAUCACAUCCGAGGCAACUAUGAGGAUGCUGGAACAGGCCUACCGAGGAAGCACGACUUCACGCGUUCAGAGAGUGAGAACUGGCGUACUUCUCGUGAUGAUCAGAACGGUGAGGAUGAUGAGGGGGGCUGGCGCCUGGCGGGUACUCGACGGGACAGUGACCGGUGGUGCCCCCCAAGCCCAGACGGGCCUCGGUCAGCAGGGUGGCCAGAUCAGCGGCGCCGUUUCCCAUUUGAUGCUAGAGAAGACGAGCGUGGCUACAGGAGGCCACGGUCAGGCAGCGGUAGCCUGGAGGACGAGAGGGAUAGCCUGCCAGAGUGGUGUCUGGAGGACGCAGACGAAGAGGCGGGCACUUUUGACUCCUCAGGGGCCUUUCUGUCACUCAAGAAAGCCUCCAAGGAGCCGAUCCUGGAGGAGGCUGAGCUCGACUUCAAACCCUUGGAAGAGUGUGAAGAGGGCCUGGAGGAGGAGGACAGUCAUCUGAAGGAGACCAAAGAAACGGAAACAGAGGCCAAAAGAGAGGCCGAACGUAAAGAGUUGGCAAGAGUGGCAGAGGAGGCUCCACCUGUUGCUUCACCUGUUGCUCCCCCAUUGUCAGAGCCCCAGGCUCCUGCCCAGCCCCCGAGCCAGCCCAGCAGAACAGAAGAGUCUGAGAGGCCAGCUGAACGGCAGCUGCCCCUGGAGCUCCCGCCAGAGCCCUGCAAAGUCCCCCUGCAUAUACCCAUGUCAAACAGCAUGCUGGAGUCCCUACCCAUGACCCACAUUUCUACCACCCUUGCAGAAGUAUCUGCUACAUCGCCCACUGUCCAGCUACCGCAGCAAAAGCCCAUUGAGGUUCCUGUGGUGAUGAAUAAUCCUUUGCCCUUUCCUUCAAGUAUAUUGGCACCGAUUGGCAGGCCCACCACUGUGCCACACGACACAGAUGAAGAUGAGGGUCUGAAACACUUUGAGCAGGAGGCAGAAAAGAUGGUAGCAUACCUACAGGAUGGUGUGCUGGAUGAUGACAGACUUGCAGCAAAGACUUCAGAGAAGCCCAAACCUGCAGGCCUGCCACUCACCCAUGAGGCUGCUCUCAAGUGGUUCUACAAAGACCCCCAAGGGGAGAUACAGGGUCCAUUCAGUAACCAUGAAAUGGCUGAGUGGUUCCAGGCUGGUUACUUCACAAUGUCUCUCUUAGUCAAAAGAGGGUGUGACGAAGUAUUUCAAGCACUUGGAGAGAUCAUGAAGAUAUGGGGGAGGGUACCGUUCACUCCAGGCCCUGCACCUCCACCUCUACAGGGGGAUGGUGAUCAAGAGAGGUUGAAGAGGCAGCAAGAGCUCACUGCUCUCAACCUUUAUCAGUUACAGCAGCUCCAAUAUCAAUACCUCCUCAGGCAGCAGUAUGCUCAGGCCCUGGCCCAGCAGAAAGCUGCAGCUCUUAGCUCAGCUCCUCUUCAACAGCAGCAGCAACACCAACAGCAGAUCAACCUGCUUCUACAGCAAUACCAGGCUCUCAAGAUAAGAGCGUCUGAGAGCCUCCUACCUCCUGUUACCCGGUCCCUGUCUGUACCAGACUCUGGUUCUGUGUGGGAAAUGCAGAACCCGUCCUCUCAGGCUUCCUGCACACCCAACCUUCAACAAGCUACUCCAAGCACGUGGGAUGGCAGCAGUGUGUGGGAUUUACCUAUAGACUCCAUGGCACAGGCUCCAACCAUUGAGCAGAUGCAACAGUUAGAGAAGUCAAAGUCUGCAAAGUUGGAGCUGGAGAGGCGUGAGGCAGAAAUGAGAGCCAAAAGGGAGGAAGAGGAGAGGAAGCGGCUGGAGGAGGCCCUGAGAGCUCGACAGGAGGAGGAACGUAAACGCUUGGAAGAAGAAGAGCUGUCACGGCAAAAACAGGAGGAGGCAUUAAGACGGCAGCGAGAGCAAGAAGAGGCACAGCGUAGGCAAAAAGAGGAAGAGGAGAGACUGGCACAGGAGGAAGCUCUCCGUAGAUUAGAGGAGAGGCGGAGGGAAGAGGAGGAGAGAAAGAAACGGGAGGAUUUCCUUCGCAAACAGGAAGAGGAGCGCAGAAAGCAGGAGGAACUUGAAGCAUUGAGGAGGCGUGAGGAGGAGAGGCGAGUGGAGGAAGAGGCAGCAGCUGCUGCAGCAGCUGCUCUGGUCCAACAACAGGAGGAGGAGCAGAAGAGGAGAGAGCAGGAGGCCCAAAGACAGCAGGAGCUGCAGAGACAGAGGCAGCAGCAACAAGAGGCCCUCAGGAGACUUCAACAACUACAGCAGCAGCAGCAGCAGCUUGCACAAAUGAAGCUUCCAUCCUCUUCAAAGUGGGGCCAGCAGUCGACCAACGCUAUAAACCAGACUCAGAAUGCCCUGUCACUAGCCGAGAUCCAGAAACUGGAAGAGGAGAGAGAACGACAGGCGCGGGAGGAGCAUCGACGUCAGCAACAAGAGCUCCUGAAGCUACAGCAGCAGCAGGCCUUGCAACUGGCUCAGCAGCCCCAGGCUAAGCUGUCUGGUUGGGGUAGUGUGCCCAAACAGCCAGUUAUUACCAAAUCUUUGCUGGAGAUUCAAAGGGAAGAAGCCCAGCAGAUGAAACAGCGGAAGGAGCAUCAGCAGCAGCAGCCACAACAACACCCCAUUGUCACCCAACAGAUCCGCACUCAAACCAGAACUACAUCUCUGAGUAACUCAGUGUGGGGGUCUGUGAAUACCAGCACCUGCACUAAUUGGGGCUCAGACAGUAUCUGGGGUGACACCCACAACUCUAACAUGGGCUUCUGGGAUGAGGCUGUGAAAGAGGCUGUGCAGCAACCUCCCCAACCCAAGAAAGCCAGCACGCAGAAGAACAACAAAGGCAACGCCAACCUCAGUAACUCUGUGAGUGGGCGGGUCAAUAAGAAGGUAGAAGAGGAGGAGAAGCUGCUAAAGUUGUUUCAAGGGGUCAGUAAGAGCCAGCAGGACACCUUCAUGCUAUGGUGUGAGCAAACCCUUCACACCCUCAACACAGCCAACAAUCUGGAUGUUCCAACAUUUGCAUCCUUCCUGAAAGAAGUGGACUCUCCAUACGAGGUGCACGACUAUGUCAGGGCCUAUCUGGGGGACACUCCCGAAGCCAAGGACUUUGCCAAGCAGUUCCUGGAACGACGUGCCAAAGAGAACGCUAACCAACAGAAACAGGCACCGCAGAACCAACAGCAAGCCCUCAAGCAGCAGCAGCAGCAGCAGCAGGAUUCUGUAUGGGGUGGAACAGGAUCUUCGUCACUCUACCAGUCCAACCAUACGAGUGGCCAGCAGCAGCAGCGCUUUGAGACCGUCACCUCAGGGAAGAAGAAAAAGAAGCAGAAGAUGGUCCGUGCAGACCCCAGCCUUCUAGGUUUUUCUGUGAAUGCGUCAUCUGAGAGACUGAAUAUGGGAGAGAUUGAGACUUUGGAGGACUUUUAAGGGACUGCAGCCAAGCAAACCCCACUGACUGUAUCCUAUUUGAACAGCAGCUGUUUUACCUGAACCCCUGCCGCGUCCCCCGACUGCUUCCACAACUUUCACCUUUUAUUUUCAGUUUCCCAUUUAUCAGACAUACUCUGGUAAUCCCUCAUAAAUUCCCAAUUGUGAUCUCUGAGGCAGGGUGUGUUUUCCUGUUGCUUACGGACCUAUAAUCUGAUGAAAACCAUUGAGAGAAAUGGACUGGAGCAAACUGGCCAGUGAAACAUCCGACCAGCCAAGAGAGCAAUCACCAAAUGAACUAAAAUUUCUGGAGAACGUCUGCAGAGGCAUUGAUGUCUGUUCAGCAUCAGCUGCUCAGUCCUCACGUCCUGUUGUAGAAAAUCACAGUGACAACAAAUUUCAAAUUUGGCCUCUAUUGUAUGGGAUUUUUUUAAGUGUGGAUAUAUGUGUGGGGUGGUUGGGGUAUCAUGGGAAAGAUUGGAGAGAUUAUAUCCAUUGUUUUUGUUUUAUUUAUUGAAAGUUUUCCCCUCACACUUUAAUCUCCCCCCCUUCCCUCCCUGUUUUCUGCUGGGUGUUCAUGGAUAAUGACAGCAAAGUAGAGCCCAAGGAUUCGUGCCCACUUAUGUCCUGUUUUAAGGACAUGUUCAAAAGUUCCAAGUAGUUAUCUAUUUCUUGUAAAAUACUAGGCUGUUUAAAGAAUAAACUUUCAAUUCUGCAUCUGUAUUAUAAUAUAUGAAAAAGAUCUGCUGGAGUCAUACUUUUUUAUUGCGGUAUGAAAUAAAAAAAAAACAGUCUGA